UAUAAUGACGUACAACGGGCUUGAGACGUGCAUUCUCAACAGCCAAUCGUAUGAGAAUGAGAGCAGAACGAGCAGGUGCAUGAGUGACUCGUUUGACGAGGAUGACUCAGCCUCCUUCUCCACUACCACUAACCCCUUUGGCUCCUUUUCCUCUCUCAAUAAAGACAAGUGGGCCUCUAUGGCCAAGUGCCUCAACCUUAACGAAAAACAAAAGCACCACAUUUCAGCUCGAUUUUUGGAUAUCGACAUAAUGAAGGAGAAGUUCGCAAAGUUGUUGCUCGGCGAUGAUGUCACGGGCGAGGCUCGUAGUGUUUCGGCUGAACUUGCGCUUUCGAAUGGUGGAGUUGGGUUUAUGAAAAAUACUGAAACUGAGGGAGCAUAUCAUAUCGUGUUUCUCCCACUCGUAGGCCCAAAAGCUUUCGUCGUCUCCCAGGUGGAUAUC